AUUCACGUCACAUUGGGGUUCCCCACAGCCCCAACGCGCUGUCUGGGGUCCUUAGUUGAGCUAAUCAUGGUCAACCCAAUGGGAGAUUUGCACCUCUGGUACCAGUCAUCAUCAGACCAAAUGUUCCUAUGCAUAUGAGGUUGUGGUGCCAGGCACUCCGGUCGCUCAGGCCAUUCCGUCUUCCUCACCUGGAAGGCUCGCUAGGCCCCUUUUUUGUCCCUCGUCGUGAUCCUUUCACUCCUGUCAGUGAUUUAUUGAUGGGUUUUUAAUGACUGGUUUCCCUCAAUCAUCCAUCGGAUUCGUUUGAGCGCCCUAGAGAGUACUUACUACUGUUAAUCCUCAUUGAGCAUCCUAGACGAUAUACGUACACUAUACACCAUGGCACAUAGCUCGAUCGAUCAAGUGGAAGAUCCUCCCACCUAUAGUCGCGAGAAGAAAAAUGAAAAUGGGGAAACGCCGCCGAUGUAUGACGAUCCAUUUGGGGAUGAAGAAUUCGCAGAGGUGAAAUAUCGUACCUUGCGCUGGUGGCAAUGUGGAAUGAUCAUGAUCGCCGAGACUAUUUCGCUGGGCAUUUUAUCACUCCCUUCGGCCAUGGCGGCGCUCGGCCUUGUUCCGGCUGUGAUACUGAUCAUAGGCCUUGGCUUGGUAGCUACGUACACAGGAUACGUUCUCGGCCAGUUCAAGCUGCGAUAUCCCCAUGUGCAUAGUAUGGCGGAUGCUGGUGAAAUAUUGUUGGGCCGAUUUGGUCGCGAAUUGCUGGGCACUGCCCAGUUGGUCUUUUUGAUCUUUAUCAUGGGUAGUCAUAUCCUGACUUUCACUGUCAUGAUGAAUACUUUAACCAAGCAUGGUACUUGCUCCAUUGUGUUCGGGGUGGUCGGCUUAAUCCUGUCUUUCGUCUGCACUUUGCCACGGACACUGAAAAAGGUGUCCUGGCUAUCAAUUUCCUCAUUCAUCAGUAUCAUAGCGGCCGUUCUGAUCACCAUGAUCGCUAUUGGAAUCCAGCGACCAGGCGACGGACAUAUCGAUGUGACCGUCGAUACCAGUUUAUACAAGGGCUUUUUGGCUGUGACAAACAUCGUCUUCGCUUAUGCUGGCCACGUCGCUUUCUUUGGUUUUAUCUCUGAGAUGGAAACACCGACAGAUUAUCCCAAAACCCUGUAUCUGCUCCAGGCAACUGAUACAACCAUGUAUACCGUCACGGCUUUAGUCAUCUAUCGAUAUGGCGGCAAAGAUGUGUCAUCCCCCGCGCUGGGAUCGACUAGUCCAUUGGUCUCGAAAAUCGCCUACGGAAUCGCGAUUCCGACGAUCAUAAUUGCUGGCGUGAUCAACGGCCAUGUGGCGUGCAAGUAUAUAUACGUUCGCCUCUUCCGUAAUACAGAUCGCAUGCACAAGCGGAAUCUGGUGUCUAUAGGGUCAUGGAUUCUGAUCGGCUUGGUGCUGUGGACGCUCGCAUGGAUCAUUGCUGAGGCGAUCCCAGUAUUCAACAACCUGCUGAGUUUGAUAACCGCAUUAUUCGCCAGCUGGUUUACGUAUGGAAUGAGCGGCAUUUUCUGGCUUUUCAUGAACUGGGGCUAUUACACAUCUUCCCCACGGAAGAUGUUUUUGACUGUAGUGAAUUUGAUCAUUGUUGGCAUUGGUGGAUGCCUGUGCGGACUAGGAUUGUACGUAUCGGGCAAAGCCAUCCACGACGAUCCAAGCAACGCGAGUUUCUCCUGUGCUAACAAUGCCUGAUUGAUGGCUUUAUAACUUGGUUUAAGAUACGAUUGGAUGUUUAUAUCACGACUUGCUGUGACAAAC